CCAAUCGCGGGGCCCAGCGCGCGCGCCCUCGGUUGCCCCGGGAAACCUAACAGCUUGCGUUCGCGCUGCGCUGCCCCGGCUGAGCCGGGCGGAGAUGGACGGCCUGUCCGAGCACACUAACGACCCCGGCGGGGAAAGCGGAGACAGGGAAAGCCUGGCCGCGCGGCCGUCCGAGAUCAAGGCCAGCUCUGGCCCUCCGACCCCGCCCGCACCCGGGCAGCCGGGGUCAGAGCUGGAGGAGGAGGAGGAAGAGGAGAAGGAGGAGGAGGCGGCUUCGCAGGGAGGUACCGCCGCGGACCAGCAGGCCGAGGCCUCGAAAGGGCUAACGGCCGCCGAGGUCGAGGGCGUGGAGGGGCCUGGAGCGCCGGCGAGGCUGGCCGAGCCCCAGUCCGAGCCCGAGCCCGAAGAGCCGGCCCAGGCCGGGGCUGAGGAGCCCGUCCAGCCGGAGCCCGGAGCCGGGCACCUGGAGCUAGAGGCGGAGGCGGGGGUGGAGGAGGAGCUGGAGCAGGCGGCGGAGGGGAAGGAAGCGCCGUCCCUGACCUCCCUGCCGCUGCCCAGGAUCGGCUUGAAAGAGGCUGCUGCUGCAGCCCGGGAGGCUGAGACAGAGCAGGUGGAGGAGGAGGAGGAGGAGGAGACGCAGAGAGAUGGCGCAGAGAGUGAGGGGAGGGGUGAGGAAGGACGCCCGGCCAAGAGCCAGGAAGAGGGGAAGCGCCUUGGUGGAAGGGACCAGCUUGAGGACUUGGAGUGGUCCGAGGAGGUCCAGAGGCUGCAGGAGCAGCAGCUGCGCAGCGACCUCCUGGACCAGUACCGUUCCCUGCUAGUGGAGCGGAAGCGCUCCCAGCGCUACAACCUGUACCUGCAGCACAAGAUCUUCGAGGCGCUGCGCAAGAAGAAGGGCCUGGAGGCCGCUGAGGUGCCUGACCAGGGCGCGGAGGCCGAGGCCCCCGAGAAAGAGCAGGUGUACCUGCGCCAUCUGGGCAUGCUGGAGGAGCUGAAGAAGCAGCAGGCAGACGACCUGCAGUGGUACCACCAGGAGCUGGGCCAGCUGAAGCGGCAGUGCCAGGAGAAGCUCACCAGGGUGGAGAAGGAGUGGCGACGCUUCCAGGCACUCAAGAAGCAGGUGGUGAUGCAGGCCAUGGGCAGCUGUCGGAUGAGGGGCGGGCGCCAGGCUGCUCUGCGAGAGGUGGAGCAGAUCCAGGCGCUGGAGGAUAAAAAGGAGAAGGAGAUGAGCGCCGUGAGACUAGAAAACGUGCAGCUGAAGCAGAGCCUGGUGCAUUUUGAAACCAGGAUGAGGACCCAGGAGGACCUGACCGAGGGUCUGCUCCUCAUUGACUUUGAACAGCUGAAGAUUGAGAACCAGACCUUCAAUGAGAAAAUUGAGGAACGAAAUGAGGAACUUUUAAAACUUCGCAACAAGGUGACCAACAGUGUGCAAGUAGUAACCCACGUGAAGGAAAAGCUUCACUUCAUGGACGUGGAGAACGCAUGCAAAAAGACACAGCUGGCAGAAAUCGAGGCCCAGGUCGCCCUAAGAAGAGACAUCCUGACCAAGACGAAGCAAGCCCGCGAGGGGCUGCGGGCGGACAACAUCAGGCUGAACCAGAGGUGCGGGCUUCUAGGCAAGGAGUCACUCCUUCGGGACUUGGAAGAAAAGGUGGACAAGACGGAACUGCUCCGCGGGCGCCUGGAAUCCCUGAAGCGCCACCACGCUGGGCUCACUUUGUCCUGCAGAGGCGUGAGGCAGAAGAUCAGGGAGGCCAGAGCCUUUCUCCCCUCUUGACCAUAUCGACGAGAAGACUGCAAGUCCUCAGGAUAUGCUGUCCGACCUUCUUUUUUUUUUUUUUUUACCUUUGAUGCCAUUCUUAAAAAGGCCUGUGAUAUUUGGGAUGGAACUGUAUUUUGUAUUGAUCUCAAAACGUUUCAGCUUCCAAAUUAGUGCUGAGCCCAAAAUUCAGUUAGGAGUUUUAUUUGGGAUUGAGCAAAGCAGGUCCAGAAAAGCAAAGCAUGAUUUAAUGUAACUAACUUAUGAAAAUCUGCUGAAAGUCUUAAGUCUGAGCAAUUCCAUGAUUUCAACGACUUAAUUCUAAGGAGUACUGUUCCUCUUUCAUAUGUAGGAGGGUUUAAAUGUUCAGUGAAUGGGCAAGGUACAAAAAAAAUCCUGUGCUAAUUAUUAAAUUCUGUAGAUUUAUUAAACUGUGUAGUCCCACA